UUCGGGUGGACGGUGGCCCGGAGGAGCGACUCGUUGUAUUUUAUUCCCCCCCUGGAAGCCGUGGUCGGGAAGGCGAAUCGGAAAAGGGAGCUGGGCUAGUGGCGAUGUCCGUGAGCGGGGGCUGCACGGCCAGGAGUGCGCAGCCCCAGCGGGCCCGGCGCGGCCUCAGCCUGCCACCUCCUCGGGUAGCGCGGGACAGGGGCCGGGACUGAGCCGCCCUGGGCCCAGCAGGGAGAGCAGCCGCGGAGCCCAGAGGAGACGGGAGCUGCCGCGGGGUCGGGGCCGCCCGAGGAUGGGAAUCCUCUUCACCAGGAUCUGGAGGCUGUUCAACCACCAGGGUCUUGCAAUAUCCAGCUCCACUGCAGGUCUUCUGCUCCAGGUGAUUUCCUAGCAUCCAGUAUGCUGGUGACAUCACACCUGAAACAAAAGCGCCUACUUACAGGGGGUCAGAGCACAAAGUAAUCAUUGUUGGUCUGGAUAAUGCAGGAAAAACAACCAUCCUUUACCAGUUUUCUAUGAAUGAAGUGGUGCAUACUUCUCCUACAAUAGGCAGCAAUGUAGAAGAGAUAGUGGUUAAUAACACACGUUUUCUAAUGUGGGAUAUUGGAGGGCAAGAAUCUCUUCGAUCUUCAUGGAAUACUUAUUAUACAAACACAGAGUUUGUCAUCGUUGUUGUAGACAGCACAGACAGAGAGAGAAUUUCUGUAACUAAAGAAGAACUUUAUAAAAUGUUAGCACAUGAGGAUUUAAAGAAAGCAGGUUUGCUUAUUUUUGCUAACAAACAAGAUGUUAAAGAGUGCAUGACGAUAGCUGAAAUAUCCCAGUUUCUGAAACUAACUUCAGUUAAAGAUCACCAGUGGCAUAUCCAAGCAUGCUGUGCUCUAACUGGCGAGGGAUUGUGCCAAGGACUUGAAUGGAUGAUGUCAAGACUUAAAAUCAGAUGAUUUUUAAUGACCUCUUUGCACCGACAUUGCAUACAAAAGUGCUGUACCUAUGGAUACCUUGGUUACCUGUACCUAUGGUAACCUGCAAAAUUAAUGGGUUAGAUGUAUUUAUAAUAAACUGAUUUCAACUUUAUUUUCUACACACAUAUAUUAAGACCACCUCUUUGAAAACGGAUGAAGAUGAAGGCUCUAGUUUAUUUUCCCAUUAGUUUACUCUGAAGAUAGGUUUAAAAACUGUGGUUGACAUUCUUCUCAAGAUAAAGCCACUCAGGACUAUGUGUGGUGAGUAUGAAGUGAGAGGAAGGAAUUUUUAACUUUACAUUUUAUAUUCCAAUAUAACCCUCCUAGUUGAAGGUGUUGGCCUCAUUAUUCCAGUAAAUUAGCAAGCAAAUCAGUGGCAUAGGUAUUGACUUUCCAGUAUUUUAAAAACUUGUUCAAAUGUGCUACAGAUACAAAAAUAUUUUCCUCUGUGUACUGUACAUAUUUGUGUAUAUUUAUACCUCAAGUGUAGGUUAACUGAAAUCUGUUCCAAGAAAAAGUGAAUAACACUGCAUCUCAGUGUACUGAGAAUAGUACUAAUGUUGAGAUUGUUGACAUGUCACAACUGCUUUUCCUUUGUUCUCUGUACUGCUCUAACCUUCACCAAAUAAUUGGUGCACCAUUUCUUUAUAAAGUGAAAUCUCUUAAGACUAUUGGUUUUUAUGCUUGUCAUAUAUAUACUCUGCAAUUAAGAAUGAUCACAAAAAGGGAUAGUGUGUCUGAAUGUGGAUUUUAUACUUUGUUCAGUAUUGGCAACUAACUGCAAUUCUUUGCUAAAAGGUAAAGAAUCCAAAAAGUUAGCAUUCUCAUUUUGUUGGAUAAGACCAUUCCAAAAAAUGCCCGUGUUGUGCUCUGCUUUAUGCCAUCAUGUUGAGUAUUUAUGAUAGAUUCCUAUCUAGGGGGUAAAUCUUCACCGUUAAUAAAGGGGAAAUGUGUCUUAGUUUUCCUUAUGCAAAGAAAUGACCAAAAAAGUGUGCCAUAAUGUUCUCACCAGAAAUCUUACAGAACAGUCUAUUUUGUAUUAAUAUCUUUUCAGAGAAAGAGGAUACUGACUGGUGAUAAUCCAAAAUUGCUGAAGUAACUAUUUGUAUCUGUGUAUAAGAGACUGACAUGGGGGAGAGGAAAGGAUCAGGGCCGGCUCCUGGCACCAACGU